AUGUUUGGAGGAGGUACAUCAUCAGGAUUUGGUGCAUUUGGAUCGAACACCAACACAUCAAACACAGGUGCAUCUCCAUUUGGAGCAACAUCAAACACAAACACUGCAGCAAAUCCACCAGGUACAGGUACAUCCCCAUUUGGAAGUUCAGCCGCCAAUACUGGAGCCACUGGAGGGGGGAUCUUUGGUGGAGCAUCUGGGUCAUCUGCAUUUGGAUCACAACCUGGGGCCAGUGCCGCAUUUGGAACUGGUAAUACAUCAGCAUUUGGAGGUGGUGCCACUAGCGGUAGUGCUGGUGGUGGGGGAUUAUUUGGGGCGAGUAAUGCAUUAGUUACGACUUCUCCGUUUGGAGCAGGAUCAAAUACUGGAUUUGGAGGUGCUGGUGGGAAUACGGGGACUUCUGCCUUUGGAGCUAGUGGAACAACUGGUGGUGGAUUAUUUGGAUCGACAGCUAACAAGACUGGGUUUGGAUUUGGUGGUGGCGCUGGAGGCGCUGGAACGGCAAAUACUUCCACAUCACCAUUUGGAAGUUCUGUCACAACUGGUGGGUUCGGAUUAGGAGGUGCUAGUGGUAUUGGUCUGAUGGAUUCAACUGUCAAUAAUGGAACAGGUGUAAAACCAUUCUCACCAUUUAGUGAAAAAGAUUCAACUGGUACACUUAAUGUUUUCCAAAAUAUUUGUUCUAUGCCCGAAUAUAAGAAUUUCUCAUUUGAAGAAUUAAGAUUAAAAGAUUAUGAACAAGGUAGACGCUAUGCAACCCCUGGUUCAAGUGGUGCAUUUGGUUCAACAACAGGCGCAAACCCCGGAUUUGGAUUUGGAGCAACAAACCCAACAACUACAGGUGGUGGUGCAUUUGGUUCUUCAACAAAUACAGCAUCUCCAUUCGGCUCCAACACUGGCGGCUAUGGAACAACUGGUACUUCAUUAUUCGGAGCCAAACCUACAACAUCAGCAUUUGGAUCAACUGGAACAGGUGCUACUGGAUUUGGUGGCGCUGCUGCUGCAUCUCCAUUUGGGGCAUCCACCCAACAACAACAGCAACCAUUUGGAUCGUCUGGUGGAGCAUUUGGAGCAUCAGGAGGGGCGUUUGGAGCUAAUAAACCUACUGGAUUUGGAACCACUGCCACUGGAGGAGGUGCAUUUGGUGGAUCUAGUGGUGGUGGAUUAUUUGGACAAUCAGGAACUACAUCCGCCGGAUUUGGACAAUCAUCAACAGGAGGAUUUGGAUCAGCAGGUGGUGCGACGCCAUUUGGUCAGACUUCAACAAGUAGUGGAUUUGGUGGGGCUUCUAGCUCUCCAUUUGGACAACCACAACAACAACAACAGAGUGGUGGAUUAUUUGGAUCUUCAAAUACUGGAACUACGGGAUUUGGUGCGACAAGUACAGGUGGCGGGUUAUUUGGUGGUGGACAACAGCAGAAUGCAUUUGGAGCUAAUAAACCAGCGUCUGGGGGUCUUUUUGGACAACAACCACAACAACAACAACAAGGUGGAUUAUUUGGACAACAACCACAACAGCAACAACAGGGUGGAGGAUUAUUUGGACAACAGCCACAACAACAACAGACUGGUGGAUUGUUUGGCCAACAACAACCACAACAGCAACAAACUGGAGGAUUAUUCGGAUCCAAACCAGCUACAGGAGGAUUAUUCGGAGGUGGAGCACAACAACCACAACAACAAACCGGUGGAUUAUUUGGAGCAAAGCCAGCAGGAACAACAGGAGGAGGAUUGUUUGGCCAACAACAACAACAACAGCCACAACAACAACAACAAGCCGGCGGAUUAUUUGGAUCCAAACCAGCAGGAACUACCGGCGGAUUAUUCGGCCAACAAUCUCAACAACAGCCUCAACAACAACAACAAGGUGGUGGAUUAUUCGGUGGGGCAAAACCAGCUACUGGUGGAUUAUUCGGUGGUGCUGCACAACAACAGCAGCCACAACAACAACAAUCUGGGGGAUUGUUUGGAUCUAAACCUGCCGGAACUGGUGGAUUAUUCGGUGGAGCAGGGACAACAAGUGGUCAAACUGGACUUAACACCGGAGGUACUACUGGUGGAUUAUUUGGAAGUGGUGGUGCAAAUACUGGUACAUCGACCGGUGGGGGGUUGUUUGGUGGUGCUAAUGCAGGAACUGGAAAUACCGGUACUGGUGGAUUAUUUGGUGGUGGUUCUGGUAGUGGUAUGGGUGGUAUCGGACAAGCUUCACAAUCGGGGCAACCCCAAUCGUUGGCCAAUAUCAAUUCACAAAACCCAUAUGGAAACAAUCCAUUAUUUCAAAGUAUUACUGGUCCAGCACAAGGUGUUGGCUCUGGUGGUGUAGGUCCUCAGAUUACGGUUAUUAAGGCUCCAAAUACAGUAAAGAAACCAGUUACAUUAGGUGGAAGUGCUACUAAGAUUGCUCCAUUGUUUAAAGUAUCUUCAUUACCACCAACUACUAGUAAGAAUAAUCAAAUUGAAACCAAACAAAAUGCGGUGUUUAAGAAGGUUGAUAAUUUGUUUUCUUCAAGUACUGAUCUGGCAAUUAUUUCUAGUGAUAUAUUUAAACCAAAAGAGAGCUUUAAGAAAUUGGUUUUGGAAAAAGCGGCUAAUGGUGGUGAUAUUGCGAAUGGUGGUAUUAGUGGAUUGUUGCCAAGUGGUCAAAAUCAAUAUAGUCCAAGUAAACAAGUUACAUUUGUUUUAGAUAAACUGAUUUCUGAAGAAGAAAGAUCGUCUACUCCUUUGUUAACUCCAGAAAAGGAGAAGGCUGCUGCUGCUGUUGCCGAUAAUAUUGAACCACGUACUACUAUAAGUGAGCCUAAGAAAUCAUCACAAGAAGUUCAAGAAGUUGAUGAAGAUGGAUAUUGGAUGACACCUCCAUUAUCAGAAUUAAAGAAGAAAUCCUUAAGUGAAUUAAGAAAUAUUCCUAAUUUCAAAAUUGGUAGAAAUCAUUAUGGAUUAAUAGAAUUCUUAGAACCAGUUGAUUUAUCAUCUUUAAUUAAUUUAGAUGAUAUUUGUGGUAAAAUAGUUAUAUUUGCAUCUAAAUCAUGUGUUGUCUAUCCUGAUGACAAUAGGCCUAAACCAGGUGAAGGUUUAAAUUUACCUGCUAGAAUUACAUUAGAAGGUUGUUAUCCAAUUAGUAAGAAAGAUAAAUUACCAAUUCUUGAUCCUGCCAAUGAAGUUGUUAAACGUCAUAUUGACAAUUUAAAGAAUAUUCCUGAAUUAGAGUUUGUUAGUUAUGAUCCAAAGUCUGGUAAUUGGACCUUUUUGGCCAGUACAAUGGAUUAG